AUGCAAUUUCAACUGACCCUGUUUUUGCACCUUGGGUUGCUCAGUUACUCCAAAGCUCAAGAUGAAUGCAACAGGGGUGUCUGUCAUCCUACUACUGGUGAUCUCCUAGUGGGCCGUGGUGCUCAGCUAACGGCUUCUUCUACCUGCAGGCUGAAAGGAGCCCAGAAACACUGCAUCCUCAGCUACCUGGAGGAGGAGCAAAAAUGCUUCGUCUGUGACUCCAGAUUUCCGUAUGAUCCAUAUACCCAACCCAACAGCCACACCAUUGAGAAUGUAAUUACAAGUUUUGAACCAGAUAGAGAAAAGAAAUGGUGGCAGUCUGAAAACGGUCUUGAUCAUGUCAGCAUCAGACUGGACCUAGAGGCAUUAUUUCAGUUCAGCCAUCUUGUAUUGACCUUUAAGACUUUUCGGCCUGCUGCAAUGUUAAUGGAGCGUUCCACAGACUAUGGACACACCUGGAAAGUGUUCAAAUAUUUUGCAAAAGACUGCAGUGCUUCCUUUCCCAACGUCACAUCUGGCCAAGCCCAGGAAGUGGGAGACCUUUUUUGUGACUCCAAAUAUUCGGAUAUUGAACCCUCAACUGGUGGUGAGGUUGUUUUAAAGGUUUUGGAUCCCAGCAUUGAAAUAGAAAACACUUACAGUCCUUACGUCCAGGACCUUGUGACACUAACAAACCUGAGGAUAAACUUCACCAAACUCCAUACCCUUGGGGAUACUUCGCUUGGAAGGAGGCAGAAUGAUACCCUUGAUAAAUACUACUACGCUCUGUACUACAUGGUUGUUCGGGGAAGCUGUUUUUGCAACGGUCAUGCUAGUGAAUGUGGCCCUAUGCAGAAGAUGUGAGGAGAUGUUUUCAGCCCCCCUGGAAUGGUUCAUGGUCAUUGUGUCUGUCAGCACAAUAUAGAUGGCCCAAACUGUGAGAGAUGCAUGGACUUCUUCCAGGAUGCUCCUUGGAGGCCAGCUAAAGGCCCCCAGAACAGUACUUGCAGACCGUGUAACUGUAACGGCCACUCUGACCGCUGUCACUUCAACAUGACCGCAUACCUGGCGAGCGGCGGCCUAAGCGGGGGCGUGUGUGAAGACUGCUGGCACCACAGAGGGCAGCACUGUGACCGCUGCAGACCCCUUUUCUACAGGGACCCCGUCAAGUCCAUCCUGGAUCCCUACGCGUGCAUUUCUUGUGAAUGUGACCCUGACGGGACUUUAUCUGGUGGCAUUUGUGUGAGCCAUUCUGAUCCUGCCUUGGCGUCUGUGGCUGGCCAACGCCUAUGUAAGAAGAAUGUGGAAGGAGCCAAGUGUAACAGGUGUAAGCCCAACCACUAUGGACCGAGUGCUGUCAGCUGUGAGCUAUCAAGGACAUUUUCAAACAGUGAAGAAAUAAGAAUGAGAAUAACCAUGUAUGUUGUACUUUCAGCCUGCAACUGUAACCCCCUUGGGAGUCUGCCAUUCUCAACCUGUGAUGUGGAUACAGGCCAAUGCUUGUGCCAGUCAUUUGCCACCGGGCCACGUUGCGAAGAAUGCACUGUGGGAUACUGGGGACUGGGAAAUCAUCUCCAUGGAUGUUCUCCCUGUGACUGUGACAUUGGAGGUGCUUAUUCUAAUAUGUGCUCCCCGGGAGAUGAGCAGUGGGAAUGUCGCCCCCACAUCACUGGCCGCAGCUGCACAGAGCCAGCCCCUGGCUACUUCUUUGCUCCUUUGAAUUUCUAUCUCUAUGAGGCACAGGAAGCCACUCCACUCCAGAGACUCGUGCCUUUGGGCUUGGUGAAUUUUGGCCAGGCACCUGCUGUUCACAUCUUUCUCCCAGAGCCAGUUCCUGGGAAGCCUGUUACAUGGACUGGGCCUGGAUUUGCCAGGGUUCUCCCUGGGGCUGGCUUGAGAUCUGCUGUCAACAACAUUCCCUUUCCCAUGGACUUCACCAUCGCCAUUCGCUAGGAAACUCAGUCCGCAGCUGACUGGGCUGUCCAGACUGUGGUUAACCCACCCAGAGGGAGGGAGCAUUGCACACGCAAGACCCCACAGCUGAAGCCCCUGUCUUCUGUUUUACCAGCAGCAGCCAGAAUCGUGCUGCUCUCACCCAUCUGUUUAGAUCCAAAUGUACAAUAUUCCAUAGAUAUCUACUUUUCUCAGCCUUUGGAAGGAGAGUCCCACGCUCAUUCACACAUCCUGGUUGACUCUCUUGGUCAUAUUCCCCAAAUCAAUUCUUUGGAGAACUUCUGCAGCAAGCAGGACUUAGAUGAGUAUCAGCUGUACAACUGUGCUGAAAGCUCUGAAAUGGGACCUCAGGUGCUCCCUGAUGCAUGUGAAAGACUUAUAGUCAGCAUGUCCGCCAAGAUACACAAUGGGGCAGUGGCUUGCAAGUGUCAUCCCCAGGGCUCGGUGGGGGCCAGCUGCAGCUGACUCGGAGGCCAGGGCCAGUGUAGACCGGGCGUGGAGGGGCGCUGCUGUGACAGGUGCUCAGCAGGAAGCUACGGUCUGGACCAUCACGGUUGUCACUCACGUCACUGCCACCCUCAAGGCUCAAAGAACACUUUAUGUGACCAAAUAACUGGACAGCGCCCCUCCAGAGAGGCAGCUGGCCGCCGCUGUGAUCAGUGCCUGGCUGGCUAUUUCGGAUUUCCCAGCUGCCACCCUUGCCCUUGUAAUGGGUUUGCUGAGCUUUGUGACCCGGAGACAGGGUCAUUUAAUUGUGGCAGUGUUACAACGGGACGAAACUGUGAAAGAAAUUGCCUUGACAGGGGCAUCGAUGGUUACUAUGGAAAUCCUUCUUCAGGGCAAUCCUGCCAUCCUUGUCUGUGUCCAGAUGCUCCCUCAAGCAGUCGGUAUGUCGCUCAUUCCUGCUAUCAGAAUCCUUGGAGCUCAGACGUGAUCUGCAAUUGUCUUCAAGGUUAUGCAAGUAUUCAGUAUGGAAAAUGCUCAGCAGGUAUCUAUGGAAAUCGAAGAAUUUCAGGAGCACCUUGCCAGCCAUGCUCCUGCAAUAACAACAUCAAUGUGACCGAUCCAGAAGCCUGCAGCUGGGUCACAGGGGAGGGCCUGAGAUGUCUGCACAACACUCAGGGCCCGAACUACCAACUCUGCAAACCCGCUCACUUUGGAUCAGCCCUCAAUCAAACCUGCAGUAGAUGCUCCUGCCAUACUUCCGGUGUACAUUCCACUGAGUGUCCCUCAGGUCAGCGACCCUGUCUCUGUGACCCUGCCGCUGGCUCGUGCCCGUGUCUGCCGAAUGUCACUGUCCUGGCCUGUGAUCGCUGUGCUGACGGAUACUGGAAUCUGGUUCCUGGCAAAGGAUGUCAGUUAUGCGACUGUGACCCCCAAACUUCUCAAAGUAGCCACUGUGACCAGCUUACAGGCCAGUGUCCGUGUAAAUUAGGUUAUGGUGGGAAACGCUGCAAUGAGUGCAAGGAAAAUUAUUAUGGCAAUCCACCAGAGCCAUGCAUUCCAUGCAACUACAACAGGGAAGGUACCCAGACGCCCGCCUGUGACCCGGACACGGGCAUGUGCCGCUGCCAGGAGGGUGUCGGCAGCCAGCAAUGUGAUCCCUGCGCCCAGGGUCACGGCCAGGAAUUCCCUAUUUGUCUUCGGUGUCACUCGUGCUUUGAUCAAUGGGACCUCACCAUUUCUUCACUCUCCAAAGUCGUGCAAAGGUUAAUGAGGCUGGUUGUUAACAUGGAAGAUAAAAGAGGGACCCUGCCCAUCUGUGAGGCCAACUUCAAAGGCCCCAGAGAGAACGUGUCUGAAAUAGAAAUGAUUUUGAAGCAUCCUAUUUUCUCAUCUGGGGAAUUCUUAAGAGUCAAGGAUUAUCACGACUCUGUUCGGAAACAAAUCAUGCAGCUAAGUGAGCAACUGAAAACAGUGUAUGAAUUUCAAGACCUGAACAGAACAAUAGUAAGACUGAGGAAUGAAGCAGACCUCUUACUUGAAGACCUUCAGGAGGAAAUUGAUUUGCACUCCAGUGCCCAAAAUGCAAGCAUCUUGGAUUCCUCAGAGAACAUCAAGAGGUAUUAUCAGAUGUCAUCAUCUGCUGAAAAGAAAACUAAUGAAACUACUUCCAUCAUAAAUAACUCUGAAAGGACCAGGAAUGACUUACUGACCAUCUUAGAUACAACAACCUCAACAGGAAACUUGUCUUUGGAAAAAUUAAAGCAGAUAAGGAUACUGGAUAUCCAAAUAUUGAAUGAAAAGGUGUGUGGAGAACCAGGGUACCUGCCCUGUGUGCUGGCUCCCUGUGGUGGAGCUCUCUGCACGGGCCCUGAGGGGCACAGACACUGCGGUGGCCCGGGCUGCCACGGCUCCCUGGCCAUCUCGAGGAACACCCUCCAGAAAGCCCAGGAAACAGAAACUGUGAUUCACAAUUUGGACAGCCAGAUUCAAGGGUUGAAGAAUCAGAUCAAAAAUAUAAGUAAACUGACAGAAGUCUCCAAGACCAAUUUACAGUUAACCGAGAAAAUGGAAAAAACAAAAAGCCAAAGUGAAUCUGAAAAAGAUAAAAUGAAUCUUUUAACCAAAAAAGUGAAAAACUUUUUGUUAGAGGAAAACGUGCCUCCAGAGAACAUAGAGAAGGUUGCAAAUCAUGUGCUUGACAUCCAUCUACUAAUAUCAUCACACAACCUAACCCACAAACUUGACAAAAUAAGGGAACUCGUGCAACUCUGUGAAGACUACAGAACAAAUGAAAACAAGCUAAGUAAAACAGCAGAUGGAACCCAGAAGCUUUCAGUGAAGGCAAAAGUAGCUGAGAAUGCAGCAAAUGCUGUAGUAAAUCUUGACAAAAUAUUGAACACAUUGCAACAAGUUCAGAUCACUCAAGGACAGGCAAAUUCUACCAUCACCCGGCUGACCACUGAGAUAACACAAAUAAAAAAGAAUAUACCGCAGACUGAAAAUCAAGCCAAGCAGGCUAAGAAUGAGCUGGAUUUAGCACAGCAGCAGUCAAAGCUGAAGGAUGGAGUUCCCCUGCUACGGACCAAGUUACAAAGGAAUCAAGACCACGCUGCCAGUGCAAAAGCUCAGGCUGAAUCCGCCCUGGGCAAGGCUGGGGGCGUGGAGAAGGAGUUUGUUGAGCUGAAAAACAAAUAUGCUAUUCUUCAACAUAAGACAAGCACUGCAGGACUGACACAGGAAGCAUUAGGAAAACUGAAACAGCUAAAAGAUGCAGCAGAAAAAUUGGCUGGAGAUACAGAGGACAAAAUGAGAAGAAUAACAGAUUUAGAAAAGAAGAUUCAAGAUUUGAAUCUAAGUAAACAAGAAAAAGAUGAUCAGCUGAAACAGCUGGAAGAUCAAGUCAUUGCCAUUAAAAAUGAAAUUGUUGAGCAAAACAAUAAACACACUACCUGCUAUAGUUAG